AUGUCUGCCCUGCUCUUUUGGAGUCGCUUCGAUGGUGGUGUACCCUUGUAUAGCCCGUACAGUUCCGCAGACAUUGCAAGGGGGGCCCAGGCAGUGAAUCGCAGUUCAGUGGCAGCAUUGACAUUUCUGGUUUGGGAUGUCCUUAUAACGAUGGAUGAUGAGGCAUGUUCAAAUGAAUCCCUAGUCAAGCUCAUAUGGCCACGAUCAUGGACAUACACCAAAUAUGUUUAUUUUUUGGCACGGUAUCUGCCUAUCAUGACCCAGAUAUCCAUCUUGUUCAUAGGGACAGAGCUCAGCGCCUACUUCCACUUCACGACUCACGACUGCUACAUAUGGCAAAUAUACCAAGGAGUCGCUGCCUCUGUGAUUGUUGGUGCAGUAGACACCAUUUUAAUCCUACGAGUUCACGCGCUUUAUCAUGGAAAUCAGAUAAUUCGCCGUGUUGUUGCGGUAUUUUAUGCAAUGGAAAUCAUUGGAAUGGCAAUAGGACUCGCACUGGCGUUGCCUGGAGUCACGUAUGAUAAUUUAUGCCUUGUGCUGAGUGUCCCUCACUCUCUUAUCAUAUACGGUGGAGCCACGAUUGUCUUCCAGUUUUUUCUAUUCAGCCUUACUCUUUACAAGUUCAUUGAGGCAGCACGCUCAGGCUGGGGUGAUGUCCCUUUGAUAGUCCUCCUAAUGCGUGAUGGCACUUGGGCAUUUUUUCUUCUCUUUUUCAUCUACGUUGGCCAACUCUCUCUGUAUGCACUACCGAACACUUCGUAUGCUGGGGUUCUCUAUGGUUGGUUGCUAACGAUCUUCUCAUUCUGUGGCUAUCGCAUCCUUCAUAACAUCAACCGCUUGGCUGACCGCGUAAGCGGGCCCGAGAACCACAUGUCCAAUACACGACCCACAGAUACCAAUAUUCAAUUCUCGACCCAGAUAUUCAAUACGGAGCGACAACUUACAAGCUACGCUCCGGAUGAAUCUUUCCCGCUUUCCCAGAUUUCUCGGGGAGAAAGUUCACAAUUCGGCAAGAAAACCUAUGCAAGCACUCAGAUAUCAACCCUCUCUCUUGGAAGCUGA